AUGCCAACUGUCUCCACUGUCAAUCUCACGGCACCACUCCUCCUCCUGUUGCUAUGGGCAACCCACCCCACCAUGGCAACCAACUGGCUCUCCCUGGCGAGGCUGCCUCGCUCCAGGCCCGUGUCUGGUGCUGCUCCAUGUGCGCGGCUGAGGGGGCUGACCCCGGGGCAGGUGGGGGUGUGCAGGGCGCGAGGGGAGGUCAUGGAGUCCGUACGCAAGGCAGCAGAGAUGGUCAUAGAAGAGUGCCAGCACCAGUUCAGAAACCGCCGCUGGAACUGCACCACCACCCCACGUGGGAUCAAUGUAUUCGGCAGAGUCAUGAACCAAGGGACUCGUGAGGCGGCCUUCGUGCAUGCUUUGUCCUCAGCAGCCGUGGCAGUGGCUGUGACCCGAGCCUGCACCCGCGGCGAGCUGGAGAGGUGUGGCUGUGACAGGAAGGUCAGGGGGGUCAGCCCCGAGGGCUUCCAGUGGUCAGGGUGCAGUGAUAACCUGUCCUAUGGCGUGGCUUUCUCCCAAACGUUUGUGGAUGAACCAGAGCGAGCCAAGGGGCUGUCAGCAGGGCGACCACUCAUGAACCUUCAUAACAACGAGGCCGGCCGAAAGGCCAUCCUUCACAACAUGCAGGUGGAGUGUAAGUGUCAUGGCGUCUCCGGCUCCUGUGAGUUGAGGACCUGCUGGAAGGUCAUGCCUCCUUUCAGGCGCGUCGGCGUGGUGCUCAAGGAACGCUUUGAUGGAGCCACAGAGGUUCGCCUGACUCGUAUAGGAUCCAGGACAGCCCUGCUCCCCCGUGACCCCCAGGUCAAACCCCCUGCUGCCAGAGACCUUGUGUACCUUGCGCCCUCCCCAGAUUUCUGCCAUCUCGACCCUGACAAUGGGAUCCCUGGGACAGCUGGUCGGAGAUGUAACGGAACCUCUCGGCUGGCACCAGAUGGCUGUGAGCUGGUGUGCUGUGGGCCGGGGUACAGAGCGGGCCGGGCUGAGGUGGUGCAGCGCUGCUCCUGCAAGUUCUCCUGGUGCUGCUCCGUCCGCUGCCAGCAGUGCAAGAACACAGUCACCAUUCACACCUGCAGAGUCUAAGAGGGCCCCAACAAGACCGAACCAGCCGAGCAGAGAGAAAAACAGCAAGACAGACCCUCCUGGACACAAGACGGGAUAAGGACAACAUAGACAAACAAACCUAAUUCACACUUUUAGCACCAAAUCUUAAAUUCUGGUCCUAACUUUACUCAUUUUUGACUGAAGCAGUGCAGCCAGAGUUAAGUUUGAGGAUUCUGUUGUAAAAGCAGCAAAGUUAGAGCACACUUAAAAAGAAAAGAAAAAUGACAAAGCAUCAACAGUAACUUAGGUAAAAACUAGGCCUGUCACGAAAACACAUUUUUAGCAUGAUACAUUUUCCCAGAAACUAUUACGAUAAACAAUAGUAUCGUAUAGAUGUUGUUUUAGUUUCAUAACGAUAUUAGAGGAUAAUAAGUACAUCCUUUUCCACAUAUAUACAUUUAUAAACCAAGAAUAUUAAACAUUGGAACUGAAAUUUGGAAAAGAAAUAUUAAACUAUCCUAGAUAAAUAAAACAUAAACAACCACAACAAAUAAAAUAGACUUCCAGGCUCUUAACAACACAUUGCAAUGAGAUUAUCACUAUGUAUUAUAUUAUUUUAUUAUUAAAAUAACAUAAACAGCUGGAAUGGCUGCUUGGGAAAUAUGUUUUUUUGGGGGGCAAUUCAUACUGCCUGUCAAACAUUUGCAGCAUUACUUUAAACACAACAGAAAAAAAGCACAAAAAGUCAAUAUAUUGAGUCCAGA